UUGAAUAAACAGUAUAUGAUAGAUAGCAGAUGAAAUAGGAAGAAGCUGAAACUACAGCAAAGUUCUCAGCGUUACUCGUGCAGUUACAAUUCGCUAGUGUUGCAAAGAUGAUGUCGAAAAUCGUCUUCGUAUUUUUACUGAGUCUCUCGGCAACUUUUGCCAGCUGUACAGAUCCACCCGUGGAGUGUCCCAAUAUUAUCAGUAGGAGCCAAUGGACGAACGUUCCCGCCGGAGAUGUGAAUUAUUUAAUUAUGCCAAUACCUUAUGUGGUAAUACAUCACACGGUGACCCCCGAGUGCGAAACUCGCGAGAAAUGCAGCCAACGCGUCGAUAACAUACGUGGUUAUCACAUGGACGAUAACGGCUGGGACGAUAUCGGCUACUCAUUCUUGGUUGGCGGUGAUGGAAACAUAUACGAAGGAGUCGGCUGGACUCGCGAGGGAGCGCACACGUAUUCAUACAAUAAAAAAUCGAUUGGCAUAUCCUUCAUCGGAAAUUUUAGUAGAAAACAGGCCAAGCAAAGCAUGUUGGACGCUGUGCAUCAGUUAAUUGAAUGCGGCAAGUCCCAGGGGAUUCUUCGGAGCAACGUACGUGUGAUCGGUGGACGACAGGUGGGACCAACGUCCAGUCCGGGGGAGAAACUCUACCAGCAGAUCCAGAACUGGCCCGAAUGGGUCAGCAAUCCGUAGAAAUACUCGUGAGAAAAGCUCGUAGUGUCUGAUCGCUGCUCGGCGGAUAAAGUAGCUGUUCCCGAUAAAAUCACUGACUAUGUCGUGUUACGUACUUGUUUACUCAUAAUCAUUGAAACGUGACGUAAAAUAUAACACGUGGAAUGUAUCUUCUUCUUCUCCUUUUCUGAAUACAUUGCAUCGCAAAAUGUUCGCGAACGGAAAGUACGACGAAAAGAUGCAAGACCGUAAUAAGAAAUAUACGCCCGGGGUGUUCGAGGUAA